AUGUAUGCAGGUGUUCCCCUUCUUUGUAUUCCAAAAUUUGCCGAUAUGUUUCACCUUUCUUCCAUAGCUGAAUAUUUGGGUAUCGGUAAAUUUGUUUGGGCGUCUAGGAAAGUGAAAAAGUGGGCGUGGUGGUGGCGUCGGUGGUGGUCAAGAAAAGGGAAAUUGGUCAAGAAAGCGAUUAAAAAUCCAAAUUUUAUAAAUGAUUUUUCUGAGGCUUUGGAAGAAAUGAUAAGCGGAGAGUAAG